ACAUCGCGCAAGGACAGGGAGGCAAAGACUAGACGAAAGCGCGCGAGCUUGUUUUGCACAGGCAGUCAGACAGGCACGAAAUACGCCCCCAAAAUAGUUAAAAAUGUCAUCUAAACGGAAAGUUGGAAUUGUGGGAUUUGGUCAUCUAGGUCAGUAUCUUCACCAAGCCGUUAAAGACAGCGCAGAUCUGGAUGUUGCCUUUGUUUGGAACAGAACAACGUCAGCCUUGCGUGAAACAGUAGCGGAGCAACAUAUUCUGGAAGAUCUUUCCAAGUUUGCAGACAGGCAGCCAGAUUUGAUUGUAGAGGUCGCCCAUCCUGUAAUAUCGAGCCAGUAUGGAGAGGCCUUUCUUGCUGUUGCGGAUUACAUGGUUGGUUCACCCACAGCUCUGGCCAAUCAGGAAGUAGAAGACAAGCUUAGAACAGCUGCAAAGCAUCAUGGGUUGUACAUUCCAACUGGGGCAUUCUGGGGAGGAAACGACAUUCAGAAAAUGGCCGACAGAGGCACAUUGAAGGCAUUGACUGUAACAAUGACGAAACAUCCUCACAGCUUUAAGCUGAAUGGCAUCCUCAAAGAGAAGAAUGAUGCAGUUACAGAUAGGAAGACAGUGUUAUAUGAAGGUUCGGUGCGUGACUUGUGCCCUCUUGCUCCCAACAAUGUCAACACCAUGGCCGCAGCCUCCAUAGCCGCUCACAACCUCGGCUUUGAUGGAGUGCAGGGAAGACUCGUGGCAGACCCUCACCUGAUGGACUGGCAUAUUGUCGAGGUGGAUGUAACGGGACCUGGCGAUGUUGAAGCAGGCAAGGCGUUCACUGUCUCAACAGUGCGCAGGAACCCUGCCCAAGUCGGCAAAGUCACAGGCAGUGCGACAUACGCCUCCUUCCUCAGUAGCAUGCUUGGAGCCCAUGGGAGAGGUUCAGGAGUGCACCUGUGCUGACCCUGGCUCACCCUAGGAGCUAGCAUUGAUCGUGGAGCCUGGAAUAGCCUCCAGGGUGCAUCCUAGUGUAUAAUGCUGUCACUCCUUGCUCCUUCAUACAUUUAUACUACUGCUGCUAAUAGUCUACCAAGACGUUUGAUGCUGGCUUGAUCCCGACUUGAACUCGGCUUGACCUCAUGCCAUGACCUCCGCCUGCUUCUUGUGUUUGCAUUCACACAGGAACUCAGCCAUGCUGCAUGUGAUCAACCAAAGAUUGUGAAUCCUGGUGCCAGGACUUACCUUAAACCCAGUAGCAACUGUACUACAUUGUAUUACAUUGUGUUUAUUCCCAGAUGAAACCCAUAUAAAUCCACACAGUGCUUGGAUGGUAUUUGGGCAGUAUUGGCUUUUGGAUUGACCGUAACCCUGCCAGACACAACACAGUGCAUCAGGUGUAAAAGUCUGUGGGACCUUGCUGCAUUGAGCCAUCAACACCAGUGCAUAAACAGCCAAUUCUGAAACAAUGAGAGCUAGUCCAUUGUGCAAAGCCACAGUUGUAUGCUGCUGCAGUUGGUGACCACAGACUCUGAGGCAGUUCGGCCUUGAGAUUUUUUUUACUUCAGGGAUCUUGCUACAUUGGACAGGCUUGUCAUUUUGGCAAGUGCUGCAUGAUGCUGCAUUCAGCAGGGUUUCUAGCCAUAACUGCUUUCUGCUCCUUGCACAAUACUCUUCCACUGACCCUGAUCUAUCAAGAAGAUUUAAAUUCCUGUGCCCCGACUGACCUGUGGAGACUCUUAAGCAUAUUCAUAUUGGCAAAUGGAGAAAUCCAACUUUGCUGCCUCAGUUCUACAAAGCAGCCUCCCUUCUUGAGCCAUUCAUAAAAACCUAAGACAGUUUACCCAUUCCUAUUGACUGAGAGUCCAUCUCCUGGCUGGUUUUAAACUGCUGAUAAAGCACCAGCUGGUUUUAAACACUUUCUUUUUGCACCACUGAGUUUUGCGCUGCAUCGCACAGUACCCGCCCCGCAUGCAUGCCAAUUUCCAUUUAAGGAGAUUUUUAGCACUAUGGGCACACUUUUAGCACUAUGAGACACAUGCCAUAGACUUGGCCACUGGCCAGAGGGGUGUUUUACAAAACACAAAGUGAAAUUGUUGAAAUUUUGUGAAAGUUUGACUUGUUUUGACUUUUGACCGAAAGGAUAAAUAUUCUUUAUCCAUUAUCCUUUGGCCAUUAUCCAAUAUCUGCUAAUUGCUUUUAUGCACAUGACCCUCAAUUCAAAGCC